GCGAUGGCCAAUAUGUCCAGCUAUCUAACAUUCAACAGGCUCCAACCCCUUCUCUCAAUAAUGCAGGAAUUGCCCACAUGAGUUCAGCCCUGUGGCCAUUAGUUAAACACGUGCAAAAUUCAAACCUCCCAACCAUCCCUGGGGGAACCACAAAUUUACAUGCUUUAGUCUAUUCAAAACAGGUGAAGAUGUUUGACGAGAAAGUGUGGUUUCAAACACAGUACAGCUGUUUACCGAAUCCUGAAUUGUAGAACAAGCUAGAGUUGUAGCAAUGGCACGGGGCCGCACAGGGUGUUGCUUGCACAGCUCUCUCAGGAUAGUCAACUUCAUAGUGAAUGUCUUUGGGGUUGGAAUGAUAGUAUACUCACUCUGGCUCCUCAAGAUGUGGAAGGAAGGGAUUGCUGAGCUGCCGUCUACGUCUUCUCUUCCACACCCAUGGUUCAUCUACACAUGUUUAGGUGUGGGAAUUGUUGUCUGCCUGAGCACACUCUCUGGCCACAUGGUUGCCAACUGUAUCAGUAAUUCUACCCUAUGCUUCUAUAUUGUUUCCAUAUGCUCCCUUCUUUUCAUCCAAAUCGGAGUGAUUGUCACAAUUUUCUUCAAGAUGGACUGGGAAUCACAACUUACCAAGUACAUUGAUGAGCACCACGAAAAAUUUCAGAGCUUCAUUAUCUUCCACCUGAAAAUGUGUCGCUUGAUUGUGCUAUUGGUCGUGGUGGCACAGGAGAACUGGUUGCUGUUAACAGCAGAUUAUUCACAGAUUGAACUUUGCCUGAUGGCUCACUUCUCAAAUGACUCAUCACUGAUUGAACUCCUUAGUAAGCCGCAUGGUGUUGUCUUUAUCAUGAUUGCAGCGAGAUGGACUGGGAAGCUGGAAUAUACUGUUAGCUCUCAUGAACGAGAUCAGACCAAAAGGUUGGUCUAUGGCAUUCUCUAUGGAAUGGGUACAAAUACCCUUGCAGAACAAUUGGACUGCACGUCUGAUGAAGCUGCAGAAAAAAUUCAAAGCUUUAAAAGUUCUUUCCCUGGUGUUGCUGCCUGGCUUUGUGAAACAAUUGCAUCUUGUCGUCAAAAGGGAUAUGUGAUGACUCUUAGAGGAAGGAAACGCUUCUUGUCAAAAAUAAAACUUGGAAAUAGUAAAGAGAAAUCAAAAGCGCAGAGACAAGCUGUGAAUUCGAUUUGUCAGGGAUCUGCCGCCAACUUAAUCAAGAUUGCAAUGAUAAACAUUGACUCUGUGAUUGUUGAAGGAGUUGAGAUGCCUAAUCCAAGCUCUGCACUUGCAGCAAAAUUUCAAAUGCUUAAGAACCGAUGCCGAAUUCUUUUACAGCUACCUGACGAGCUAGUACUAGAAGUUGAUCCUUCUGUAAUAAAGCAAGCUGGAUCAUUGCUACAAUGCCUUUGCAUGUAAAACUGAAGGUUGGGAGAACAUGGGGCUCUUUGGAGCCUUUCCAGUCUGAAGAAUGUAAGUAGAUUAUGAAGAAAUCACCUUGGAAAGCAAAGAUGUCUGGCCAUCAGACUGAUUGGUUCUUCUUCAUCUUUAAUAUGAGGUCUUAAAGGCGAAGAUCUCUGGCUGUCAUUGGUUCUACUUCAUCUUUAUUAUGAGGUCUUAAAGGGGAUGAUUUUCCAGUGCUUUUAAGUACACCUAUGCAUGUGGCAAUGCCAUUCUAAUUAUUCAGGUUAAGUGACAUUCUACCUUUGAAAAGAGGAGGGUCGUGUUAGGGGAUUGAUUACAAGUGGUUGCUUGAAUUGUGAUCUGAAACAAGGUUUGCCUUCAGCUGACAUCCACGAGGGAUAUGAAAAAGGAAAAUGGGUAGGUUUGGAACGAGCUGGUGGCUCAUCUCAAGUUGUCUAUCCAAUGAGCCAAUGAAAUGCAACAUCUUGUUUUAUUCAAUUGGAUAAUUACAGCUUCAACCUUUUUAUUAAUGGAAUUAUAGAAUAAAUCAUGCGUUUAGCCUCCAAGCUUGAGUUUGGUAAUAUAAUGAACAGUUAGGCGUAGUGUUGUAGUUCUAGUGAUGUUUUCUAAUGCUUCAAUUGCUGAUUGGUUUCGAAGUUUAUUUUUGUUAUGAAAAUAAGUUAUAUGAAAAGGACUUGCUCUACUUGGCAAGUUUGCUUUAUCAGAAAGGAUAUAACAAUGUCUCCAAGUUUUGUUGGUGUCAUUUAAUGAAGUUUGGCGUCUCCUAGAGAGCAACCUGUAGAGUCAUAUCAUCUUGGAUUGUUUUGAAAUCUUGCAUCUCAUGCAGCAGUCAUUAUGGGAUGAAUCUGGUGCUAUGGUUGUGUUUGAUGGAAGCAUCCAGUUGUUUGCCUCUUGGGAAUAGUUUUCAGUUUCAUCUUCUAGUGGCAGAGUUACUUUCAGACUGUGAAUGGAGCGGGAAGACUUCAGAUGGUUCUAUGCUAUGGGAAACUUACAUGGCUGAAAAGAUUUUAGUGUUUUGGGGAUAAUAAGUGAAGACUAUGCAGGGGACUUUGGUAAUAUAAGACUUGCAACAGUUUUUGUGUUUACUGUUGUGGGAAGCUCUUGUUGGAAGCUUAGGGCAAAGUCUUCAAGUAUUGCAUCUACAACUGUAUCGGGGUUGAUAGUUGAAACUGAAGCUGCCGUCAACAAGUUCAAGCUGCGUAGUUUGGACUUGGUGCAUGUCUCCAAGUGCUAGAAGGGAUACAGUCCCAACCGAGCAUUCUAAGUUUAAGGUAGAACAGUUAGAUAUGUUUUCGGGUUCUCCUAAGGGGCGUAUAAUCGCCAAGGUGGAGAUUGUUGUUUAUGGCAUGACUCUUAUAUUUCGGGAGUUUAUAAACAAAGGGAAAAACAUAUGGAUGUCUUCUUGGUGCAGGGCAGCAGCAUAGACUCGUUGACGAGUGCCUUGUUCUCAUCGACGAGUAGUCGCUGGGCUGCGAGAAAAUAUUUGAAUUUUGAAUGUAAACGGUGUGACGGUUGGGGAUUCGAGGGAAAGCCUCCGAGGGGUUAUUAAAUAUGUCUUUUUGGGCAUGUUUAAGAGAGGGUGAGAGAAGGAGAGAAGAUCAUUGUAUUGUGAGACUUUGAUUUUCGUAGUGAAUCUCUUGCCGAUUGCUCUCGUGGAUGUAGGCUUUGCUGAACCAUGUAAUUUUUGGUGUCAUUGCACUUAUCUUUACUCUCUUUAUCUUGCUAUGGUUGUAGAAUGUUUCUGUUUAUCACCAUUUUGUUUGUUACAAGUAUGUAUGUGUGAUCCUUUAUACAAUGUUCAUUCUGCUGCGCAUUGUUGGGAGGCCACCCUUAUUUUCACAACAAUAAGUUUUUUCAAUAAAUUUUGAUGCAGCUUGUGAAA